AUGGCCUCGCCGGCGAGCGGCGAUUCCGAUCAGGUACUGGUGGAAGCAAAUGGCUCUACACGGACAUUGGUUUUGAAUAGGCCAAAGCAGUUAAAUGCUCUCUCCUCUGCAAUGGUUACAGGACUUCUGAAAUGUUUCACUUCUUAUGAGGAAGAAAACACAGUUAAACUGUUGAUUGUCAAGGGAAAAGGAAGGGCAUUUUGUGCUGGAGGUGAUGUUGCUGAAGUUGCCCAAUCUAUAAAUAAUGAUACCUGGAAAUAUGGUGCUGAUUUUUUCCAUACUGAAUUUUUGUUAAACUAUAUCAUUGCAACUUAUAGCAAACCACAGGUUUCUCUACUUACUGGAAUUGUCAUGGGUGGAGGUGCUGGUGUUUCUAUACAUGGAAGGUUUCGGGUUGCCACAGAGAACACGGUUUUUGCAAUGCCAGAAACAGCACUGGGACUCUUUCCAGAUAUAGGGGCUUCUUAUUUUCUUUCUAGACUACCUGGGUUCUAUGGAGAGUAUGUUGGCCUUACUGGUGCAAGGUUGGAUGGUGCAGAAAUGCUUGCAUGUGGCCUGGCAACUCAUUUUGUCCCUUUGAACAGGAUGUCACUGCUUGAAGAAUCACUUAAAAAGGUGGACACUUCUGAUCCAUUUGCUAUAUGUGGAAUUAUUGAUCAAUUUUCACAACAGCCAUCUGUGAAAGGAAGUAGUGCUAUGAAUAGGAUGGAAAUCAUCAACAGAUGCUUCUCCAAAAGAACAGUCGAAGAAAUCAUAUCCGCUCUUGAACAAGAAGCUCCAAGUAUGGCCGAUAAAUUGGUUACUGCUGCAAUCCACUCAUUGCGGAAGGCUUCUCCUACUAGUCUGAAAAUCUCUCUCGCAUCGAUAAGAGAAGGGAGGCUGCAAACUGUUGGUGAGUGCUUGCGCCGAGAAUAUAGAAUGGUUUGCCAUGUGAUGCGCGGUGACUUCAGCAGAGACUUCUUUGAGGGAUGCAGGGCGAUACUUGUAGAUAAAGAUCGAAACCCAAAGUGGAUGCCGCCAACUCUGGAUAAAGUGCAUGACGGGGUAGUUGCAAAAUAUUUCUCCAAGGUCGACGAUCCACAGUGGGAAGAUUUGAACCUGCCAACUAGACCUUCCCAUGGAAGAAGAAUUGUUCCCAAGCUCUGAUGGAAGUCUCAGGCUGGUCAUAGUGAGGAGUAACUUAUAUUAGUGUCAUGCAUAUAAUACUAGCCUAAGUUACUACCUUCAUAGUGCAAAAUAACAUAGUAGUAGUGUCAUGGAGGACUUUAUUAAUUAGUUUGUAGACUCAUCUUGUCUUGAAAAGCGCUAUGUUACAGUAACAUAUUAUGUUACCACUUCUCAUUAACUACAUGCCACAUAAGCAAAAAAAUC